ACUGGAAAGUACAGAUACAAACAUUUAUUUGUAUAAUGUCAAGGGAGAGUAGAAAUAUGAAGAUUGGCUGCAGACACAAGCAGAGUCUGGGAAAUGAGAACACUUUUUUCUUCAGCAGAAAUGCUGACGUGGCAAUGUGAGUUUAACAGGUAGGAGAUUUGCCGUCAUUUCUAAAUGAGCAGCACUGAGAAGAUUGCUAAGAUUCUUGAUGUUUACUUGCCAGAUUUUUUCAGGAAGGAAGUAAAUUACAACUGAGCUUGAAAACCUGGGGAAAUAACUCAUUUUCAAGCAAAUUUGAAGUUGGAAAGUAAACAUCGGUUUGAAGUUAGCAUGAAGAGUAGAACUCUUCAUGCACUUUAUAAAGUAGUACAAAUAUUUUUAUUAACUUAUAAAAGCAGCCUCUUAAAUUGUUUUGCACUAUUCAAAGAAAUUAUGUUUGCAUUCAGCCUACACCCGUGGGAAUCAAUGCAGAAGUUCUCUGAGGCAGCCGAGCACAGAGUCUUGCCCUCUGUCCUUUAUUGCUUCUGGCUGUCCAGCAUACUUCACAUUCAUUCAGUAUUCUACAACAAACGCCACUAUCUGUGCAGCAGGGUAGUUUGUAUCGGUCAUGUGCUCUGUCAAGUUGACUGAGGUGCAAAGCCAAAUGUGUGACACUCUAAGAAUAUGCAUAUAUUUGAAUAAUUUGACUAUUCAGUCCAACAAUUUGCCAAGAUGCUCUGAAUGAUCACACUUCCUGAUAACGCUUCCAAGGAAGAGGUAGUUUCCUUUAUUUUGGAGAGGAGGAGGCAAGGAUGUUUCUAGCUGAAGUUCCUGAGUUCACUGAAAUCUUGUCUCUGGCUUUCAGUUGUGUGAACUUGGGCACAUUAUUUCAUGGCACCGAGCCUCUGGUUCUUCAUUUAUAAAAGGAGAAUAAUAUUUUCCAUCGCUAGUCUUUAGAAGCUGUAAAACAGCUAAUAAAAAUGAACUCACUCUGUUAACCGUAGACCAUUAGGUAAACUGAACUGAGUAUAUAUUAACAUUACAUAUUCAGCUCAACAGCACAUUCUUGAUAACCACAAGAGGGUCCAGGAAAGGAAACUGUUUAUAAAUCUUUCCCUUUCCCCAAAUCAAUUUUUGAGUGUUUAGGGAAAUUCUUACAGCAAUUAUUAGGUCAAGCCUCUUUGAAAUUACAGAAAAAUGCACAUACACACAAAACUGCCUGCCCAAAUUUGGGAGAAAUAGGAGAUUCCUCUGAUACCAAAUUAAGCAGGCUGAAAGAGAGAGUGUUUCUUAAAGUGUGACCUCAGAUUUACUGCAUCCAAAAAUGUUUGAGGUCCUUUUUAAAUGCUAAUACCUGGACCCUGCCCCACCCGUACUAAAUCACAUCUGGAAGAGAAAUCUGCAUUUUAACGGGUACCCAGGUGAUUUUUUAUGCUCAGAGCAGGUCCAAGGACUCCAAGUUAACUAUUGUUGUAUUGUUCCUUGUUCUGAAAAAUUAAGGUCUCUUUCUUGGUGGCUAAGAAUCGAACUAAUGGGAAGAAAAUUCUCUUUUGAUGGCAGGAACCAAGGUAGACGGUUGACAGGGUUCGUCCAAUGACAAAUUGAAAGUGGUCCUCAGGACCCUAGCCACUUCAGUUCUCUCCAAGGGCCUUGGCUACUGGCAAAUAUGAAUCGGAAAGGCUGUUUGCUCUUCUGUUGGGGGGUUUGGGCGGGGGGGGGGACGAGGGGAGGAUCCACUGAGCCAAAUGCUUCCCCUUACCCGUUAAAACUGAAGGCUUUUUAUUUAUCUUUGCUGCCAAGGUCCAUUAUUAAAAGGGUGGUUUAUGUGUGUAAGUUUGCUAGGGAGGGAAGUGAAAACAUGGGCAAAACCAUGCAAUGCCUGGAACGGAACUCUUCUAAUAAAAGAUGUAUCAUUUUAAAUGCGCUGCAUUUUGAUUCUGGUAAUUCGUGCACUAGAGUGUCUAUUUCGAGGCAGCGGAGGUAUCAUAUGACAGCGCACGUCAAGGCACCGUGGAGCCCUCUCGUGGACUCCCACCCACUUUCCCAUUCACCGCUGAGAGGACUGCUGGCGCUGCCGCUCCCCCCGGCGAGCUAGCAUGCAAUUUCCCUGCCUCUGCCGUGAUCAAAUGGAGCUCCUGGUUCAGGGGGUGCGAGUAUUACCUCCGCCAUGCAUUUUCCACUAUCAAUAAUUUAACUUCUUUGCUGCAGAACAGAAGGAGUUCAGACCGGGCACCAAAUACUCGCCCCUACCCCCCUUCUUUUUAACCAAAGGGAACGUGGGGGGAAAAAAAUAGUCUGGGAGUUUUGGGACCGAAGUCUUCCCCGGAGCAGCUGCCUUGAUGUUCACUUUGACAAGUAGUGACUGAAAAGUUCCACCAGGUGAGAAGAGUGAUGACCAUCCUUUUCCUUACUAUGGUUAUUUCAUACUUCAGUUGCAUGAAGGCUGCCCCCAUGAAAGAAGCAAACGUCCGCGGACAAGGCAGCUUGGCGUACCCAGGUGUUCGAACCCAUGGGACUCUGGAGAGCGUGAAUGGGCCCAAGGCAGGUUCAAGGGGCCUGACAUCAUUGGCUGACACUUUUGAACACGUGAUAGAAGAGCUGCUGGAUGAGGACCAGAAAGUCCGGCCCCAUGAAGAAAACAAUAAGGACGCGGACUUGUACACUUCCAGGGUGAUGCUCAGUAGUCAAGUGCCUUUGGAGCCGCCUCUUCUCUUUCUGCUUGAGGAAUACAAAAAUUAUCUGGAUGCUGCAAACAUGUCGAUGAGGGUCCGGCGCCACUCCGACCCGGCCCGGCGCGGGGAGCUGAGCGUGUGUGACAGCAUUAGCGAGUGGGUAACAGCGGCAGACAAAAAGACUGCAGUGGACAUGUCGGGCGGGACGGUCACGGUUCUUGAAAAAGUCCCUGUAUCGAAAGGCCAACUGAAGCAGUACUUCUACGAGACCAAGUGCAAUCCCAUGGGUUACACAAAGGAGGGCUGCAGGGGCAUAGACAAGAGGCAUUGGAACUCCCAGUGCCGAACUACCCAGUCGUACGUGCGGGCCCUUACCAUGGAUAGCAAAAAGAGAAUUGGCUGGCGAUUCAUAAGGAUAGACACUUCCUGUGUAUGUACAUUGACCAUUAAAAGGGGAAGAUAGUGGAUUUAUGUUGUAUAGAUUAUAUUGAGACAAAAAUUAUCUAUUUGUAUAUAUACAUAACAGGGUAAAUUAUUCAGUUAAGAAAAAAAUAAUUUUAUGAACUGCAUGUAUAAAUGAAGUUUAUACAGUACAGUGGUUCUACAAUCUAUUUAUUGGACACAUCCAUGACCAGAAGGGAAACAGUCAUUUUGCGCACAACUUUAAAAAGUCUGCAUUACAUUCCUCGAUAAUGUUGUGAUUUGUUGCCGUUGCCAAGAAUUGAAAACGUAAAAAAAAUUUAAAAAAAUAAUAAAUUGCAUGCUGCUUUAAUUGUGAAUUGAUAAUAAACUGUCCUCUUUCAGAAAACAGACAAAAAAAAAACCCAACAACAAAAAUUUGAACCAAAACAUUCUGUUUACAUUUUAGACAGUAAGUAUCUUCGUUCUUGUUAGUACUACAUCUGUUUUACUGCUUUUAAACUUCUGAUAGCGUUGGAAUUAAAACAAUGUCAAGGUGCUGUUGUCAUCGCUUUACUGGCUUAGGGGAUGGGGGAUGGGAGGGGAGUAUUUUUGUUUGUUUUGUGGUUUUUUUUGUUUGUUAGUUUUUUGUUUUGGUUUUGUUUUGUUUGUUUGUUUGUUUUUCUUUUUUUAGUUCUCACAGGGAGUAGGGAUGGGGAAAGAAUUCCUUCAAUAUAUAUUCUGGUUGAUAAAAGACUCAUUUGUAUGUUGUAAAGAUGUUUGCAAUAUCCAUCAGAUGACUGGAACAUGAAUAAAAAUGAAGGCAACUGAAUGAAGUGCUCACUCCAGGUCCCACUAUGUACCCCGAGGCUCCCACCAGCCUUUGGGCCUUGGUCAGGGAAAGCUUCUUUUGUUGCAAAGAUCUAUGUUUACUUAGAGCACAUUCUUUCUCCCCCUCCCGCUUUGGUCCCCUCUUUGUUUCCUUUUCUCUGUAGGAAGAAAAAUCAGUUCCGUGCUCUGAAAUAUAUUACCAUUGCUAUGAAUGAGUAGCAAAUUUUGUCACAUGGUGGCACUCAUAAGCAUGGUGAUUUCUCUUUUUCAACGAGAAAAAGAACAACCCAGAAAUAAAAAUAAAGAUUUUUUUAUAAGAGGUAAAUAAUUUGGGUAAAUCGUGGUAAGGCUUAAAAAUGUCUUGCGAGCAAAAGAUGGAGUCCCGUAUGGACCCAGGAAUGCCUGGAUCGGAACAGGAGCCCACACUGCCAGUGAAAUGAGACUGACCAGCCAUAUGGAGGCUGUGUGGAGCUGACGCAUCAUUUUUGGGUGGUGCAGGAGGAAUUUCUGAGUGGCCAUCCUGAGGUCUAGGUGGGGGUGGGGAAUGGUACUUGAGACAUUCCAAAAGGGAGACCUCUGAAGGACCCUUCAGAAGUGGCUCUGGAAUGACGUGUAUCAAGUUGCUUUGGACCUCACGCUUUAAGUGCCUACAUUAUCUAACUGUGCUAAGAGGUUCUCACUGGAGGACCGUGCUCAAGCCGACUUAAUGCCCUCCACCCCUGGAUAAUUGCGUAAAGCUGGAUUAGCCUGGAGCGGGUUCAGAACCAAAUGUGGCAUUGUGAUUAUGAGAUUGAUGCAAUGAGAUAGAAGAUGUUUGCUACCUGAACACUCACUGCUUUGAAAUUAGACUUGAGGAAACCAGGGUUUUGUCUUUUGAGAACUUUUGGUAUGGGGGAAGGGAACAGGAAAAGACCCUAAAACUCAGGUUGAAUGAUCAAGGCUACCAAUAGAAAAUCUUGUCCAGAGACAAGACUUUGGGAAGGUGUCUGGACUUCUAGGACACCAAAGACUGGAAGAGGCCAGGACAGAGCUGGCAAAGUUUUGCUCCCCAGUGAAGGCCACAGCAACUUCCUGCCCAUCCUGUCUGUUCAUGGAGAAAGUCCCUGCCUCACCUCUGCUGUCUUGGGUUUGGAGAAGUCAAGUUGGGAGCCUGGAAUGACGGUCCUGAGAAAAAUGGACCCUGGUGAAAAUUAGGGCUAAGCCCAAUUCACCCAUUCAGCCCACUGUCCAAAUCUGAAAGUGUCCUGGACCAGUGUCCGUGGGUAUCAAAAAGCCUCAAGAAAUUGCUGUAUCUUAGUAGGGUGAGGGAUAAGCAAAAGAGGAUUUCCACCAUGAUCCAGGGAAUGAAGAUACCAUCAGCAAAUAAUUUCUCUUUGUUCAGUCUUUCAUUUAGAAUGAGCCUAUCUUUUAUAUUACCACCUGAAUCCCUACCAUUAAAAGAAGGAAGAAUUUAUGUAGCAUAGGUCUGUUUUGUACUAUUUGAAAAUACUGUCUUUGUAAUCAUUUUUUAACAUGUAAUGAAUAUUGGGAAUAUCUGCUGUAUGUUAAUUUUUGCAGCUCCGUUUUGCGGGACAAAAUUAUUUAGAAAAACAGAAAGUCCCCAUCACCAUCUCAAAAUGCUGCAAAGGCCAGAUCUGUGAAGUGGUUGCUUUAGGAGACAUUCAGCAAUUGUGUGGUCAGUGGCUCUCUCUCCCUUGCCCAAUAAGAAACAUCACAGUCACACGCUUGGUGGUUUACGUUGACCUAAGAUUUUAUUUUGUUAAAACCUUUCUCUGUUGCUGUUCAUUUUUGUUCUGUUUGUUUUAUUUUGUUUUAAAGUCUUGCUGUGGUCUCUUUGUGGCAGAAAUGUUUCAUGCAUGGCAGCGGGCCUGUUGCUUUUUUAUGGUGAUUCCCAUUGAAAAUGUAAGUAAAUGUCUGUGGCCUUGUUCUCUCUAUGGUAAAGAUAUUAUUCACCAUGUAAAACAAAAAAAAAUAUUUAUUGUAUUUUAGUAUAUUUAUAUAAUUAUGUUAUUGAAAAAAUUGGCAUUAAAACUUAACCACAUCAGAAGCCUAUUGUAAAUACAAGUUCUAUUUAAGUGUACUAAUUAACAUAUAAUAUAUGUUUUAAAU